AUGCCCACUAAACUACCUAAAAAUUACACCCAAGAUGAUAUCAAUCAACUAUCCAAAGAAUUAUUGAUUGCAGGUGGAAUAGGUGCUUUGAAAGGCGCUCUAUUCUCUGUAACUACAGCAAUAUUGAUGAGGAAAUAUAGUAUGGUUUAUAAAAACGUAAGGAUGCCAGUCAGGUUACUAUACCAUACAACUUGCAUAGGAUCUGCAAGUGUUUAUUAUGCAGAACAGCAAUUAUUAAGAUAUGAAGACAAAAGAACACAAUUAGAAUUAAAAAGGAGAAGGAAAAUAUUGGAUGAAGCCGCAGAGAGGGGCAUAUUUUUGGAAGAUGAUGGUGGUGUUGCUCAAAAUUAA